CGCCGAUUUCCUCCGCACCCAUCCCGCAAGCACCACAGCGGGUCCGCUCUUGGCCUGCUGGACUGCUUUGCAUCGAUCUGCAUCGCCCUCGCGCAAAAUGUCUCUGCUUAUGCGUCGGUGGAGCUUGCUCGGCACGGUUUCCCAAAGAUGUAUUUCUUCGUCAGCUGUUGCUCUCCGGCCCAAGUCGUCGUCGGCGUUUUCUGAGAAGCUCGAGAAAGGCCCUUCGUUGGGAGAGUUCAUCAAGGCUUCAUCCCAGUUCACGGUCGAAGAGGCUCUUGAACUCAAGUCGCAGGAUUCAUCGAAGCCUUUCAACAAAAAGCACGUCCGCCUGCCCGAAUGGCUCAAGACCGACAUUCCUGUCGGCACCGAUUUCAAUCGGAUCAAGCAGGAUCUCCGAGGCCUCAAGCUUCACACUGUCUGCGAGGAGGCCCGCUGCCCCAACAUCGGCGAUUGCUGGGGUGGUGGUGAAGAAAAGACGGCAACGGCAACAAUAAUGCUCAUGGGCGACGAGUGCACUCGUGGCUGCCGCUUCUGCUCUGUCAAGACCAACCGAAAUCCCUCUCCGCUGGACCCAACCGAGCCCGAAAGUACAGCCGAAGCCAUCUCGCGCUGGGGCUUGGAUUACGUUGUUCUCACAUCGGUGGAUCGCGAUGAUCUGCCUGACGGAGGUGCCAAUCAUUUCGGCACGACCGUGGAGCUCAUCAAGCAAAAGGCGCCACAAAUACUCGUCGAGUGCCUUACUGGCGACUUUCGUGGCAACCUAAAUGACGUCGAGCGAGUUGCCCGCUCGGGGUUGGAUGUCUAUGCCCACAAUAUCGAGACCGUCGAGAACCUCCAAAAAUACGUCCGCGACCGCCGUGCCAACUUCCGACAGUCCCUCAGUGUGCUGGAAAAGGCAAAGUCGGUUCGCCCCGACCUUGUCACGAAAACAUCCAUGAUGCUGGGACUCGGCGAGACAGACGACGAAGUGCUGCAAGCAAUGAAGGACCUCCGUGCAAUCGAUGUCGAUGUCAUCACCUUCGGCCAGUAUAUGCGGCCCACCAAGAAGCACAUGAAGGUUGAGGAAUACGUUCAUCCCGACAAGUUUGCCCAUUGGGAAGCCGUCGCCAAAUCGCUUGGAUUCCGAUACGUCGCUAGUGGGCCUCUUGUGCGUUCCAGCUAUAAGGCCGGCGAGUUCUAUAUCAAAAACAUCAUUCGCGGCCAAGGUUCCGGUGCCAAGGCUUCUUAGAAACGUAGCGCGAUCGCAAAGCGGUCCGCCGCCGCGCUUUUGCGGUGCAUACUGCAAGACGUGAGUCUAGUAACCCACCACUCAGUCACCGGGCGGUUUUUCAUCCGACCAUCCAGCCCCGUCUUUGUCCAACUUUUCCACAGCUCGCAUGGCAACCUCUGGGGGGGGGAUUCUGCCUGGCCACGUACCAGGCUAACCAGUGCCAGCCCGCCCAUGACGCCGCCGGACAAUGCGGAUCAUCGUGGACGCAGAGUACUGAGCUCGAUCCCUGACAUGAAUACAUAUGCGCCAUGCCGGAACUGCC